AUUCCUUUAACAAAACUCGCGCUUGUGUGUGUGUUUGUGUGUGUGAAAAUUGAAUUUACAAAAGAAAAUAAAAAAGAAAAACAAGCAAAGCUAAGGAAUGCAUUUAUGCUAAUGUCAACGCAGCCUCCCGACGACGUGUGAUGCAUUAAUGCUAAAGUCGAUCAGCGGCGGCGUGGCAUCCACGGAAAGAGGAGGAAGUGGCGGCGGCGGCGGCGGUGGACCGGGAGCAGGCGGUGGUGGAGGCGCAGGCGGUGGAGGAGGAGGUGGAGGAGCUGGAGCCAGUGGAAGUGGCAGUGGACCUGGCAGCGCCAGUGGAAGCAGAAGCGCCAGCGGUAGUGGGCGUGCCAGUUGCGGCCUGGGAUCCAGCUCCAUUUCAAGCGGCCUGAGUGCAGUCUGCGGUUUCGUCAGCGGCGGUAUUGUGGGCGGCGGAGGAGGUGGCGACAGGGAUCGCGAUCGAGAUCGUGAUCGAGGCAGCGGCAGUGCCAGUGGCGGCAGCACACCCGCCGGCGUCCUCUAUUGCCCCGCCUGCGUAGCGGCCGCCCAGCAACAGAAUCCCAAUCCCAGUCCCCAGGCCAGUCCCCAUCACGAGGGCUUCUUCUCGCGCAGCUCCAGCAAGUCCAGUAAACGCAACAAGGCCAGGAAAAGUGCCUCCACUGCCGGCUGUUUGGACGCCCAGCAUAUACGCUCGAAUCUACGAAUGUCCACAUCCAGUUCUAUGAGGAGUACCCGUGGUGGUGGAGCUAGCAACUUCUCUGGUGGUGGCUCCUCGCAUGCACCGGGCAGCCAUUGUACUGGCGGCUCCCAAUCAGCAGCCUCUGGCUCUGCCUCGGGUUCCUGUGGCAUGGCCUAUGAUGCAGCCAGCAAUGCCAGCAGUGGUAGUGGCAGUGGCAAGGCUGCCUCACCAGGCAGCUAUAGCUGCAAUGCCCUCAAUGUGGACUUUUCCUCCUACACGGCCACACACCAGUGGACGCGGAUGCUGGAAUGCGCCGAGUUUGUGGGAGCAAAACGAAGCAAACACACGGUGGUGGCCUACAAGGAUGCCAUGUUUGUUUUUGGCGGUGACAAUGGCAAGAAUAUGCUUAACGACCUCAUACGCUUUGGCGUCAAGGACAAAUCCUGGGGCAGGGCCUGUGCAACGGGUACACCACCAGCUCCGCGAUACCAUCAUUCGGCCGUGGUGGCCGGCAGCUCCAUGUUCAUUUUUGGCGGCUACACAGGGGACAUACACUCCAACUCGAAUUUGACCAACAAGAACGAUCUGUUCGAGUACAAGUUCCAGAGUGCCAUGUGGGUGGAAUGGAAGUUCUCGGGACGCCAGCCGGUGCCCAGAUCCGCUCAUGGGGCAGCUGUCUAUGACAACAAGAUGUGGAUCUAUGCGGGCUACGAUGGCAAUGCUAGGUUGAAUGAUAUGUGGACUUUGAAUCUCACCGGCGAGAAUCAUCAGUGGGAGGAGGUGGAUCAGCAGGGUGAUCGUCCGCCCACUUGCUGCAAUUUCCCCGUGGCCGUGGCCCGGGAUGCCAUGUAUGUGUUCUCGGGACAGAGCGGCCUGCAGAUAACCAAUUCUUUGUUUGAAUUUCACUUUAAAACCCGCACCUGGCGUCGCAUUUCGAAUGAACCGGUUCUGAGGGGCGCCACCUCGGCACCGCCAUCGCGUAGAUAUGGCCAUACGAUGGUCCAUCAUGAUAGGUUCUUGUAUGUCUUUGGGGGAUCAGCGGAUUCGACGCUGCCAAAUGAUCUGCAUUGCUAUGAUUUGGAUUCGCAGGUGUGGUCGGUUAUUCAGCCCGAGCAGAAUUCGGAUGUGCCCUCGGGAAGGGUGUUCCAUGCCUCGGCUGUUAUAGGAGAUGCCAUGUAUAUAUUCGGUGGAACGGUGGACAAUAGCGUGCGACGUGGUGACACCUAUCGCUUUCAGUUCUCCUCGUAUCCAAAGUGCACGUUGCGCGACGAUUUUGGCAAGUUCUUCCAGGAGAAACAGUUCUGUGACAUUCAGUUUAUUGUGGGCGCCGAGGAGAUACGUAUCCUGGCCCAUAUUGCCUUUGUGGCCGCCAGGUCCAAGUAUUUGAGGAACAAGAUCUUGGCCGCCCGGGAGGCGCGUCAACAGCAAAUGGAGAAAGUUUAUGGUGUGGGACAGGUGGAUGCCCAGGCUUUGAAUACGGGAGCGGGCGGGGACCGCGGCCCAAUGCUGGAGGUACGCCUGGCCCAUGCCUCACCGGAGGCCUUUGACAUCAUCCUGAACUACAUCUACACGGAUCGGAUUGAUCUGAAGGAUUCGUACAGCAAGAACAUCAUUAUACUCAUCACGGACAUCUACCAGCUGGCGGGACUGUUCACAAUGCCGCGGCUGGCCCAUGGCUGUAUUCAGUAUUUGGACUACAAGAUUAACAAGCUCAAUGUCCUGGAGGCGCUCUACAAUGCGGAUAAGAGCAACAUUAAGAUCAUCAAGGAUCAUUGCAUGCAGUUCAUCAUCAAGGAGGAGAACUUCACUGAGGUGGUUAUGUCCAGUGAGUUUAGCGAUUUGGACAAGCCUCUGUUGGUGGAGAUCAUAAGGAAACGUUUGCAUCCCAGCAAGCUGGUAAUGGAUACCAGUUUUGAGUCCAACAUAGGAACCACUUUGGAGAUCGAUCUGUGCCUCUUUUUGGAGUCAACUGGCAAUGAUUUCUGCGAUAUAAGCCUCAUACUGGAGGAUCAUGUGAUACCGGCCCACAAGUCUGUGUUAUCAUCACGUUGUACCUACUUCCAGGGCAUGUUCCGUUCGUUCAUGCCGCCGGAUAAUACCGUCAAUAUUCAAAUUGGCGAAAUUUCCCCCUCACUGGAGGCAUUCCAUUCGCUGCUUCGCUACAUUUACUAUGGCGAAACAAAGAUGCCACCGCAGGAUGCACUGUAUCUAUUCCAGGCGCCUUGCUUUUAUGGUUUGGCCAACAACCGGCUGCAUGCAUUUUGCAAAUACUCACUGGAGCACAAUAUUACGUACGAGAAUGUAUUGCAAACGCUGGAGGCAUCGGAUAUUACCAAGAUCUAUGACAUCAAAGAGUACGCCCUCAAGCUGAUCGUUAAAGAUUUUGCCAAGGUGGCCAGGCUGCCAAAGAUAGCGGGUUUGUCGCGCGAACUGUUGCUGGAGAUCAUACGCGCUGUGGCCGAUUCGCACGGCGAGUUUCUGACGCGGAUCAAUAUCAAUACAGAUAUCUGAAAACUGGUGCUGCUCCAGCCGGCAUUGCAGUUGUUGCUCGCCUGGUUGCAAAUCGGACGUAGCACGUAGUGCGGCAGUAGCGGUUGGCAGCGCCGAACGAUCGAAACGAAACGAACAAAAAAACCCUCCAUUUACACGCAUCAUCGAACUUUCACACAAAACAGGUCAUCUCAGCUCAGUUUAGCUCAGAAAGUAGCUUCAAUCCAAACGCAAAAUGUAUACUUGCUAUUUUUACAUAUAUAUCGAUUUUAGGGAUGACAAAAAAUAUCGAUAUUUGAUUUUUAUAUCAAUAUUUUCGAUAUAUGUUCUAUAAUU